GGAGCGCUCUCCAUCUAGCCGCGCAUCCUACUCCAGAGUACCAACAGGAUGAUCCGCCGCUGCACCGUCACCGACAACCUUCACUUCACUUUCACACUCAUUUAACCCUUCACUCGGACCCCCGCACUACCCCCAUGCUUUGCCCUCCUCCUGCGAUGCGAUACCACUGCACGAUUUCCCGGAGAAUAUCUUCAUCUUCCGUCGCUCCUCGCUGAUAGAGAGCAUGCCCGACACGGGGACGGCAGCGGCAGGCGCUGCAGCCGCGGCGGCCGCCAGUGGUGCGGCCGCGGUCGGCGACGGCCCCGAGAGCUCCCGGCACCGACACCGAGCGCAGCAGGGAGACGCGGAGAGGCCGGAGCCGGGCGCUUCCGCACCACAGACCUCCGGUGUGCUGGAUAAGUUGUUUGGAAAACGGCUGCUGCAGGCUGGAAGACACAUCAUGUCUCAUAAGUCUUGGAUGAAAACGGUGCCCACAGAGAACUGUGAUGUCCUCAUGACUUUUGCAGACACUACAGAUGACCACACGUUGCUAUGGCUACUGAACCACAUCCGGCUGGGAAUCCCAGAGCUCAUCAUCCAAAUUCGACAUCAUAAGCACACACGGGUCUACGCGUUCUUCGUCACUGCUACAUAUGAAAAUUUGUUGCGAGGAGCUGAGGAGAUGGCACUGAGGAAAGCGGUGAAGCCCGAGUUUGGGGGAGGAACGCGAAGCUUCUCCUGUGAGGAGGACUACAUCUACGAGAACAUUGAAAGCGAGUUGUGCUUCUUCACCUCACAGGAGAGGCAGAGCAUCAUUAAGUACUGGCUGGACAAUCUACGUGCCAAACACGGGGAGGUGCUUCAUAAUAUCAACUUCCUGGAGGGCCAGCCAAUUAUCCCAGAGCUGAGCGCGCGAGGUGUGAUCCAGCAGGUGUUUCCUCUCCAUGAGCAGAGGAUCCUCAGUCAGUUGAUGAAGUCCUGGGUCCAGGCUGUUUGUGAGAAACAGCCCUUAGAUGAUAUCUGUGACUACUUUGGGGUGAAGAUCGCCAUGUAUUUUGCCUGGUUGGGGUUCUACACCACCUCUAUGUUGUAUCCUGCUGUGAUCGGCUUUGUGCUGUGGAUGCUCACCGAGUCAGAUCAGACUAGCCGUGACAUCUGCUGUGUGGUGUUUGCGCUGUUCAACGUGGUGUGGGCCACUCUGUUUCUGGAGCGGUGGAAGAGGAGGGGCGCCGAGCUGGCGUACAAAUGGGGAACUCUGGACACGCCCGCUGAAUCCCUGGAGGAACCACGGCCUCAGUUCCGGGGAGUCAAGCGCUGUAGUCCCAUAACAGGAUGUGAGGAGUUCUACUAUCCUCCGUGGCGGAGGCGUGUCUUCAGGUGGCUGGUCAGCCUGCCCAUCUGUAUCCUCUGUCUCUGUUUUGUCUUCCUGGUCAUGCUCAUCUGCUUUGAGCUGCAGGAAUUUGUGAUGGGGAUCAAGGAAAUGCCCCGGCUAGCUCGCUUCAUCCCCAAAAUUAUGCUAGCUAUCACUGUGACCGCAUGUGACGAGGUGUACAGGAAAAUUGCCUGCUGGCUCAACGACAUGGAAAACUAUAGACUCCAGAGUGCCUAUGAGAAAAAUCUCAUCAUCAAAAUGGUUCUUUUUCAGUUUGUAAAUUCUUAUCUCAGCCUUUUUUACAUUGGAUUCUACCUCAAAGACAUGGAGCGCCUGAAGGAGAUGCUGCUGGUGUUGUCUCUGUUAAGGAGUCUGCAGCGGCAGAUCCGGGUGAAUGUGCUGCCCUCCCUCUUCCUCAAGAUCCGGAUGCUUGUGGUCUCUGUCCCUUGGUCCUCCAGGGCUUUGCUCAGGUCCAAAAUGCUGGCCACUCUGCUCAUCAUACGCCAGUUCCUUCAAAAUGUGAAGGAGGUGCUGCAGCCUUACCUGUAUGAGCGCCACAAGCUGGGAGAGCUUACACUGCGAGCUGUGUGGGACCUGCUGCUCUCGGUGCUGCUAAAAUACGCCCGACUGGCAGCUGGGAAAGCCCAGAUCUCUCCCACUGACCAGGCCAUGCCAGGACCUGGACUGAGGGGCACCAGGCCCGGGGUGGGGCAUCCAGAAAGAAGGGAGAAGAAGUGUUUAAACGGGGGAUGCGGGGUGCCUGAUGAAGACGAGCGAGGUGAGAGGGACGAGGCUGACAGUGGGAGGUUCAGUGAAGGAGAGACGGAGGAGGAAAGUCUGAUCGACUGUGGUCUGAAGCUGAGGAAAGUCAGCUUCAUAGAGAAGGUGGACAGAAGGCCAGUCUGCAGUGGGCCCCCCAUGGACAACAGUUUCCUGGAGGAGGGGAGCCCCACUAUGGUGGAAAAAGGAAUGGACCCUGCCUCUGUGUUUGAAAUGUGUGACGACGAUGAUGAUAAUGGCAUCCAUGAUGUGAAGGAGUCCGGUGGGGGAGGGACAGGGGCGGCCGAGGGAGUCAAUGCUGCUGCCGUUUCUGCUGCAGCUGCCGCCGGCACCGCUCCGCUGCCCUCUGGGUCUGAGAGCAGCACGUCGCUGCGACACAGAAGAAGAGGCCGGAGCACUGAGAGACCCGAGCCUAAAACGAAAAGGGAAUCAUGGAUGGACCCACCUGAAGAGAGAGAGAGCAACACGCUCACUCAGGCUGAGAUGGAGAGCUGCAUGCAGACUUAUGCUGACACCUUCCAGGACUACCAAGAGAUGUUUGUCCAGUUCGGAUACGUGGUGCUCUUCUCCUCAGCCUUCCCUCUGGCUGCCAUGUGCGCUCUCAUCAACAACAUCAUCGAGAUCCGCAGCGAUGCCUUUAAGCUCUGCACUGGUCUGCAGAGGCCCUUUGGACUCAGAGUGGAGAGCAUCGGCCAGUGGCAGACUGCAAUGGAAGCCAUGGGCCUGAUUGCCAUCAUAGUGAAUUGUUACCUGAUUGGUCAGUGUGGUCAGCUACAGCGUCUCUUCCCGUGGCUCAGCCCUGAGAUGGCCAUCAUCUCUAUCGUCAUCCUCGAGCACUUUGCCAUUCUCCUGAAGUACAUCAUUCAUGUGGCCAUACCUGACAUUCCUACCUGGGUCAGAGAGGAAAUGGCUAAACUGGACUAUCAGCGCAGGGAGGCCUUUAAGAAGCAUGAGCGGCAGGCACAGCAGCAUUACCAACAGCUGCAGAGGAGGAAGAGGGAGGAGGAGGAGAGGCAGAGGCAGGCGGAGCAUAUGGCCCGCAGGGAAAGGGAGCGGGACGAAAGCAAGGGUGACUCCUCUGGGGAUCACCACCACGACAAAAGUCAUGGCAGCAAAUCACGCCCCGGGGGAGGAGGAGGAGGGGGUAGCGGGUCAGACAAACCCAAGAGGCCCAGCUCUCUGCUGGCCAACAAUAAUGUGAUGAAGCUGAAACAGAUCAUCCCACUGCAGAGCAAGUUCUCCUCAGGUGGCGCCCGCUCCCCGCAGUCGCCCACUGGCAAUGAGCCGAAGCUGCCCGGGUUCCUGAGCUUCAAAUUCCUCAAGUCACCUGAGAAUAAGAAGGAAGGUGCUGCGGUUUCAGCGGCUGCCGCUGCAGCCUCUAAUGCCACGGCAACAGCCUCCUCCUCAUCAUCAUCAUCAUCAUCAUCUUCAUCUUCAUCAUCAGGUAGCAGCUCUCAGGAGCGUUCUCAGUCACCCAGCAAAGCCUUCAACCCUGGGAAACUGUUUAACUUUGGGAAAUCUGAGGGAGGGACAUGUGUGAACGGGGCUCCGCUGCCCAGAUCUGGGGAAGGAUCGUCAUCACAGACAUCAGAAAGACAACCUUCCAGGUCUGACUUGAACGGCGUUCCGGACGAGAUCCCCUCGCCUGGAGGGGAAGAGUCUGAGAACGGACAUUCAACAGACUUGGACACGGCCGGCUCUAAAGUGUAGUAGCUCCAGAGAACAAACUUGUCUUUGGUUACAUCUCAACUGAAGAAGUGAUGUGUUUACUGUGAGGAAAGGCCUGACCUACCCUCUGUAUUGUCGUAGGCCAUGUGUAGAAGUACUUGAAGCAGAGAGAGGAAAAGAUGAAACUGAUGAGAGAUGACCGUUGUUUUGGUUUGCUUUUUUGCUGAGAGACAAAAAACAGGCUUUAUAAGAAAGAAGUAAGCCUUCCUAUUAUGACCGGAUAAAACACAAACACACACACACACACACACACACACACACACACACACUCCCUUACACACACACACAAACAUACAAAUCUUUCCUUGUCUGCAAUACAUGAAGAAAUGCAUGAGCUGCGUUUCUAAUAUUUUUAAGCCUUUAAAGCAGAGAGCUGUGUUUCUUGAUUUCUUCUAGUCAGAAAUUGUAAGCGUCUCAGUGGCCUCCCACUAAGGACAUAACAGUUUGUUGUGGAGGAUAAAGAUUUUAAAAACUAAUACAGUGGUAAGAAAGGAUCACCGAUUGUACAUCAAAUUACUACUGAGAGUGUUCUUUAGCUGUCACAACACAAGUGAUCAUUAGAUACUGUCUCAUUUUUAACCGUGAGGAAUUCUUGGGCCCCUCACUUUUGUAUUGAAGUGGAAAAAUGGAAAAGCAAUAUCAAUCAGUGUUAUAAUUAUCCUUAUCAAUCAUCACACAAUGCCCCCCCCCCCUUUAAUAAGCAUCCCUGAUAUAUCACCAGCUUUAUUUUUCAAAGCAGAGGUGAUGUCUGAGCUUUGUACACUUCCUCCCGCCCUGCGCCAGACUCCGAUUUGUGCAAAAAGAAAGUAACGAGCUUACAAAAUCAAGCUGUUACACACCAGUAUUCUUCCCGAGAGAGCAAGCGGAAGAGAGACAAGAAAAAGCAAAAAAUAAAUGAAUAAAUAAAACUAGAAGUAGACGAGGAUGAUUUUGAAAAAGUGGCGCAUGGAGACCUGUUGAGUGCUGUUCUCCAUCCAAGCCCGCAGAGCACCUUGUAAACACAGAUGGUGCUCCAUUCCACACACUCGAACCAGACUUGGCAAACGAGCGCAGAGUUAAAGAGGUAACAUUUGCACUAAACCCUGACGCCCUGCAUAGAAACGUAUCCUCUCUCUGCAGGAGAGAGAGAGAGCCGACACCAGCCUGCCUCAUAACAUUAUGCAAAAGCUGGAUUGUUUGUUUUCCUCCUUCCACACAGUACAUGUUAUCUCCUCACCAUGUCCCUGCUCUCAGCAACUGUGGGAUUUUCCAAAAUAUUCAAAUGAGGCUUUUUUUAAAAAACAAAAAACAAAACAAUAGUUGCUCUUAUUUAUGUUGAGCUCCAUAUCUUUUUUAUACGCACCAUUUGCUGAUGAUUGAGAUUUCCUUUUUUAACCAAAGUGUUAUUUUUUCGGAUUAUACUCUUAUCCCGAGAUGUGAGUCCGUAUAUUCUGUUAAUCAUGUACUUCAGCGCUGUUUAUGAAAAAUAUGUUCCUCAAGUAAGCCCAUCAUCAUCAUCAUUAUCAUCAUCAUCAUCAUCAGCAUCAGCAUCAGCAUCAUCUGCCAUUAACCCGUGAUUCACUUCUUGCAGGGCCUCCAGAAGGUGGCGCCACAGUUUACCUGCACAGAAAAGUGUGUCGUUAAACCACUUAUCUCAAUUCACUAUUGACUAUUAACCCAUAAAAUCAGUGUCUUGUUAUCAGUGUACAGCAGGGGCAGUGAGAUUAGAGCGUCUGGCUGCAGUAGAAGAGCUCUUUGAAAGGGAAAUGCAUUAUGGGGUCUCAUAAGAUAAAGUACACAGUGAGAAAUAGUUUCAGAGGCCGUUGCACUGUAGGGUGAGAGACAGGAACAUUAACUAUGCAUUCCCACACCAUCACCUCUGGCAAGGAUUUUGGCAAUAAGAUGUAGGAGACUUACAUGUAAUACUAUAAGUCUAGACUAACCCCCCCCCCACCCGCAGCACCAAUUCCUCCUGCAUUAUCCCCAGCCAGACUCUAUGCAUCUUUUCUUUGUAUCUCCUUAGUUUUCACCGUCAGUGACAGCUCUCUCAGCCCCAUCCUGUCUCAUAUUUAACGUGAGGAAUCUCCCCCUGACACCCAGUUAAGAAUAAUAACAAGAAUCUCAUCCAUCUAGCGCUUUGUGUUUACACAAUCUGACGAUUCUAGGGAGCUUCAAACAGGUUUGUAUAUUCUGUUGCUCCUUUCAUGUGUCUAUAAAAACUUCACAGUGCGUGAAGUCCACCUUUCAGUCACAUGCAUAAAGAAAAUACAAAAACAUACUUCCGCAGAGAGACAAAAAGAUCUUACUGACAUCAAAUGCAAUAAGGAAGUAGGACAUUUGUGUGGUCAAAGUAUCAUUUUGCUGGCUAUCUACAGUACGUUCUUUUUUUAUAUUAGGAAGUCUUGUUCAUUAUACAUGUAAAAUGAGAAGUGCAAGACUGGGAGAAAUGUAAGAUCUUCAGUGUCUUUGUGUAUCAUUCUCACAGGCUGGUCAUUGUUAAAAAGGAAAGUUCACAGCAGAACAACGGCAUAGCAGAGAUGGAGAUGGUACAGCGUAGCUGAGCACUGUCUCAUCUAACCCUUUUUUUCUUGCAGCAUUUGGAUUUCAGGGAUGAAUGACGCCAUGAUGCAAUAGAGUCUGUUCAUCAUCAUUUGAAAGUUUUUGUCGAAAGAAUUAGAGGUAACCGGAGAGAGAGGGCAGAGAUAAGGGCAUUUGCUGACACUGACAUAUCACAGUGGAGUUUAGGUCAUGCCUCCAUGUAUGUAGUUCCUCCUUAUUCAGGGAAAACUUGCAACUUCGUAGAGUAGAAAUGGAUACCAUUAACCAACUUAUCACUACUUUCAUCCUUGCACUCUUGGCAGCAGCAACAAAUUUUGCAUAUUGUUACAAUGGAGGUCUUUAAAUAAGCAUUAAUUGAAGUAAAGUAACAGAUGUUGAAUCGUUUUGGGUUUCAUUGAAAACUUAAUCCCAUGCCAGUGACAACACCAUCACCGUUCUCCUGGGCCAAGCACAGGCGUCCCUCUCAUAAGGACUCAUCAGCUGUCUUUAAUUCACGAUCACAGCAGCAACAGUUCUUUUAGGAGUUUAGGCUUAUUGUAUCUACACUUCCAAGUCAGUCUAAUGGGAUAUCAGUGGAAAGGACUGAGUGAAUUUAGUAAAUGUACUGUCUUCUGGACUUCAGGUGAGACUCUCACCCCAGCUACAUUAAAACCUGACCCUAACCUCAAAGUUUAAGAUAAGUCAUCGUCAUGGAAGCCUCACUUGCUGAACAUCAUUUGCUCUUCCAAUGUACCACUGUACAAAAAAUCUUUUAAAGAAAAAUACUGGGAAAUGGGACUAUUUAUUUCUUUUAAUUUAUUUUGUCAUAUUUUUGUAAGACCUGAAAAAUAGUUAAUAAAACUAUUUGAAAUGCA